AUGUUCACAGGUUUAGUGGAACACAUUGCUACGGUGUCCAAGAUCGACAAUCGUGCCGAGUCGGGAUACGAUAUGAUCUUUUCUGACGCCGCACCUAUCCUCAACGACGUCCAGAUCGGUGACUCUAUCUGCAUCAAUGGCGCCUGCUUGACAGUCACCGAGUUUGGGAAGGACGAUGGCGGCUUCUUUCGCGUGGGACUGGCGAACGAAACCCUUCAGCGUACAAAUCUAGGUACGGUCCAAGCUGGCUCCAAGGUCAACUGCGAGCGGGCCAUGUCGGCGCACACUCGCUUCGGCGGACAUAUGGUCCAAGGUCACGUCGACUCUACCGCCACCAUCGUCGGCCGUGUCCCGGACGGCGAUUCUAUACGGUACACCUUCCAGUUCCCGGCGGAUCGGGCGGCACUCAUGCCCUAUCUUGUCGAGAAGGGGUAUGUGACCGUCGACGGAACGUCCCUCACUCUGACGAUGGUGGAGGAUGCAGAGAGGAAGUUUGCGAUUGCGCUGAUUGCGCAUUCGCAGGAGAAGGUGGUGUUGACGGAUAAGACGGAGGGGGAUGUGGUCAAUAUCGAGGUGGAUUGUGUCGGCAAGUAUAUAUUGGGAAGUGAGGAGAGAAUCAACGCCAUGGUUGAGCGGAUAGUAGAUGCGCGGAUAGAGUCGGUGCUAAAGGCGAAGGGUCUGAUGUAG